GUGACAGGGAAGUCAAACUGAAACAUACCUCAAGGAAGUCUUAGCCCAAAUCAAAGCUUUAGAUUUUAAAGUUUUACUACUGAAACAAUCAAAGCAGCAGGUGGAUAAUCGAGACACAAUUUGCCGAAAGGAUCCUUAAAAGAACCGCAUAGAUCAAGAGAAGUCUAUGAAACAAUCACCUAUGGCUAAUGUGGAGCCUCGGGGCGUCAAGACUGGAGAAAGAGCAGUUGCUGCCGAGCCCAUCCCAGACUGGGGCCCUGCUCUGCGAACCUGGAAAUGGGCCUGGGACUUGCAUUGGAUUGGGUUUGGUUCCCUUUUCACUCUGUUCGCUAUAUACUCUUUUAUCGCGUUCAUUGAAACUAUCAAUAUUAAAAGGCGAACAAAACGAGGGAAACUGUCGCUUGUCAUCACAAGUCUCCUGGUCAUCUUCGGCUUAGUGCGUGGAUUAUUUUUGUUUAUCAAUCCAUACGAGACUAAACAAUGCAACUUACUUCCGAAGUGCCCGAUAAUAGUGAGUCGGAUUUUGUUCGGAAUCGCGCUGCCGUGCAUUACGGCGUCGUUUUCACUGGUUCAUUACGCUUUCCUUCAAGUGAUCAAGCUUAAGCUUUACCCAGAAAGACUUCAGAGUGGAAAAUUCCUCACUGGCGUCAUUGUGUUCCAUUUCAGCCUCUCUAUCUUCGCUGAGACAAUGGUUUCUCUUUUCGCAGACUGGAAAACUCUCGGCAUACUUUGCCAAUCAUUCUACAUCGUGUUCUACUUCUGUCUGUCCAUUAGCUUCAUAUACAGUGGUGGGAAGAUUGUCAAGUCCGUUCAAAAGAACCAUGCCCACGUGAUCCGUCUUGGUGUAACAAGCGUACGCACAGGCGCCGAUGGGAAGGUAGAAGCCUAUCGGCCAAACGUAUCAAAACUCGUCAAGAUCACUUACAUCACGGUUUUCUUGGGAUUUGCCAGCUGUGCACUACAGCUGUACUCGAUCAUAGGCGUCAACAACAUGUACUUGGACAGAGAUAAGCCCCCAAAGCCCUGGCCUUGGUUGAUAUUUCAAACGUUAUAUCGCGCAGUGGAAUUCGCCGCAGCUUGUACUUUGGCUUAUGUGGGCCCGAGACAAGUCGGCCCUAAACGUUUUCAGUUCAUACGCUGUCCUUUUUCCACCUGCUAUAAAGAGAAUCAGAAGGCGCCAACUGGCUCCAACGAUAGCAAUGAAAGGUUUUCAACUCAUCUUGUGAGCGGCGAUGGCUCUUUGCCGAGGAAGUUACAAACUGUAUAAAAUUUUAUGAUGGGCGUCAAAGUAAUCUGGAUUUGCAGGCCACACUGCGGCUUUUACGUUUUACUUUUACCUGUGGUAGCACUGGAUCCCAUGUGAUAUUUUGCUCUGAUCAAAUUUUUGUGAUUUCAAUAGGAAAAAAUGAAAUAGAAUUGUAAAUAAAACUGUGGCGGAAAAGAGACAAAAUAUUUGAAAGGGUCACAUUGACAGAUAACAUACGAGAAUAUACAUUUAGAUUGAUGAGAGAUAAAAAUAUUUGAAGAGAAUUUUAUAACUAUUAGAACAUGACAAUGAAAAAAUUUAGUCUAUAGUU